AUGUCGACUGAGGAACAGAAUGAAGGUGGUCAAAAGCCUUUAGAUGAUAGACAAGGUGAGGAAUCACAUACGGAUGAAGGAAGUGAAAAGGAAACAACUGCUACAAAAGGCGAAAAUGAAGACAAGGAUGCAGAAAACGAGAGUGAGGAAACUCAAGAGAAACCGAAACAUUCACAGGUGACUUAUUACAACGAAGAGCAAUAUAAGCAAUUCAUCUCACAGGCAAGGGUUACAGGAGGAAAAUACAGUCUACAGGACUUCCAAAUAUUGAGAACAUUGGGGACCGGCUCUUUUGGUAGGGUUCACUUAAUCAGAUCAAGGCACAAUGGCAGAUAUUAUGCCAUGAAAGUGUUAAAAAAGGAAAUUGUGGUGAGAUUGAAGCAGGUGGAACAUACAAACGAUGAGCGAUUGAUGCUUUCCAUCGUGACACAUCCAUUUAUAAUCAGAAUGUGGGGGACUUUUCAAGAUUCUCAGCAGAUUUUUAUGAUUAUGGAUUAUAUUGAGGGUGGAGAGUUGUUCUCUCUUCUAAGAAAGUCCCAAAGAUUCCCUAAUCCAGUCGCUAAAUUUUAUGCCGCAGAAGUGUGUCUGGCUCUGGAAUACUUGCAUAGCAAAGAUAUCAUUUACAGGGACUUGAAACCUGAAAAUAUCCUUCUAGAUAAGAACGGACAUAUCAAGAUAACCGAUUUUGGGUUUGCAAAAUACGUUCCUGACGUCACAUACACGUUAUGUGGUACUCCAGAUUACAUAGCGCCUGAAGUAGUCAGUACAAAGCCUUAUAAUAAAUCCAUCGAUUGGUGGAGUUUUGGCAUACUUAUUUACGAAAUGCUGGCCGGAUACACUCCAUUUUAUGACUCGAAUACAAUGAAAACUUAUGAGAAAAUCUUGAAUGCCGAGUUAAGAUUUCCACCAUUUUUCAACGAAGAUGUCAAGGAUUUGUUGAGUAGGUUGAUCACAAGGGAUUUGAGUCAAAGACUGGGUAACUUACAAAAUGGUACAGAGGACGUCAAAAACCAUCCUUGGUUCAAAGAGGUCGUCUGGGAAAAAUUAUUAUCUAGAAAUAUAGAAACACCGUAUGAACCGCCCAUUCAACAGGGACAAGGUGAUACCUCGCAGUUCGAUAAGUACCCCGAGGAAGAUAUUAACUAUGGCAUUCAAGGCGAAGAUCAAUAUGCAGAUCUUUUCCAUGACUUCUAA